AUGGCGAGUGCUGGUAGGAGGUCUACGUCAGCUACGGCGUCAUCACUGGCGAAGCGGCAUGCGUCAUCAUCAUUGGGAUCGGAGAAUUCUGGGAAGGGGGCUACGGCGGCUAACGCUUUGCCAUCUCAGCAUGCGCCCAAGAAACGCCCGGCGCUAUCGAACAUCACCAACCAGCGGCAUGGUUCUGGGCAUCCAAAUCUGGGGCGGAACUCCCUGCCCGAAUCAUCAAAAAUUGUACCAUGCAUUUCAAAAAUUGUAAGCGUCAGGAAGGGGUCUUCGACUUCCACAAAAGCAAGCUUCUCAGGGCCUACUUUGUCAGGUUCUCUUGUAAAACCGAGUGUGGUUGCUUCUAGUAAAAUUACUUCUUUCCCAAAAAGUGAUGCAGUGCUCUCCAAGAUUAUCGUUGCAUCUGCACCAUGCAGUAUGGAUGUUUCUCCAGAUCAAUCAGAUGGACUAUCAAUUUCAAUGGAUGAGUCUAUGUCUACCUAUGAUUCCUUGAAUAGUCCAGAAGUAGAAUACAUAGAUAAUAAUGAAAUAGCAGCAGUUGAUUCCAUCGAGAGAAAGACAUCCAACAAACUCUGCAUCUCAGAACCCGUUGAAGUAGCAGGGAACAUAUGCAAACGAGAAAUACUUGCUGCAAUGGACUCUGAUGAUAUGAUUGUCGAUGUUGACGGCAAUCUAAAUGACCCGCAGCUAUGUGCAACCAUUGCUUGUGAUAUUUACAAGCACCUGCAAGCAUCUGAGGCUAAGAAAAGGCCUGCUACUGACUUCAUGGAAAGGGUCCAAAGAGAUAUCAAUCCCAGCAUGCGUGCAAUUCUUAUUGACUGGCUUGUUGAGGUUUCUGAAGAAUACAGGCUUAUUCCAGACACAUUAUAUAUGACUGUCAACUAUAUAGAUCGUUAUCUUUCAGGAAACAUUAUGGACAGGCAAAAGUUGCAAUUGCUAGGCGUUGCUUGCAUGAUGAUUGCAUCCAAAUAUGAAGAGAUUUGUGCACCUCAGGUGGAAGAGUUCUGCUACAUAACCGAUAACACAUAUUUUAAAGACGAGGUUUUGCAAAUGGAGUCUGCUGUUCUGAAUUAUUUGAAGUUUGAAAUGACUGCCCCUACAACUAAAUGUUUUUUGAGGAGAUUUGUUCGUGCUGCACAAGGUGUUAACGAGGCUCCGUCCCUGCACUUAGAGUGCUUGGCUAACUACAUUGCAGAGCUGUCCCUUCUAGAGUACAAUAUGCUUUGUUUUGUCCCAUCCUUGAUAGCAGCUUCAUCUAUUUUCUUAGCCAAAUAUAUUCUUCUCCCUUCGAAUAGGCCCUGGAAUACAACCUUGCGACAUUACACUCUUUAUCAGCCCUCUGAUUUACGAGACUGUGUUCUGGCAUUACAUGGUCUUUGCUGCAAUAGCCACAACUCUAGUCUACCUGCAGUCCGGGAGAAAUACAGUCAGCAUAAGUACAAGUUUGUUGCAAAAAAGUACUGCCCUCCAUCAAUACCUCGAGAGCUAUUCGAGAACUUAAGCAGCUAG